CGGGCACUGGUCUCUAUCUUCACGAACCAACCAUAUUUUCCUUUUGACAUUAGCGGUUCUACUCACUCUCUCUUCAUAAAUAUCACCAAUUCCUCGCUACUGCAAAGAUGGAGGCACGAUCCGUGGCUCGAUGCCUCCGCCUGAGGCCGACAUCCUCGCUAUACACCACGCAACCCAUCAUCUUCCGCGGACAGAACGCCCUCCGAUACUUCUCAACAUCCAAUCCCCUCUUACAAACUCCUCCUGCUAGGCAGGACCAACCAACCUCUACGACCCCAGCAUCCAACUCAAACUCCGCCGACUUCGACCGGAUCCUCAACCAACUCAACCUCAACAACACCAACCGCAAUGCCACAGAAGGGAGCCAGUCCUCCGACCCCCUUUCGCUCUCUCGCGCGGUCAGCAUGGCCCCCGAGACAGACAGCUACAAACAGCCGCUCCGCCGGGUAGAGCUGAAAUUGGGGCCUACGCUCGGUCGCCAGGUGCACGUGGAGCCGGAGAAGGGGGUGGAUUUGACGACGGCGCUGCGUGUGCUGCAGGGGAAUAUCGCGACGAACAAGGUGCGGGCGCAGUGGCAUGCGCAGAAGUUCCAUGUGCGGAGGGGCCAGAUGCGGAAGAACUUGAGGAUGGAGCGGUGGCGGAAGCUGUUCAAGUUCUCGUUUAAAGAGACGGUGAACAAGAUCCAGCGUAUGAGGGCACAGGGAUGGUAAGAUGCAUUAAGUGGUGGACUUGGUGGGCUGGUGUACAUAGAGAGACGGUAUGCAUCGGAUUCAGGGACUGGGAUGAGGGAGAUUAAGUGGACUCUGCGAGCAGAGAAAGUCUUUCCUGUCAUGUAUAACUAUCUUCUAGCUGUUUUUUCUAUUUGGUAUCUGUCCAGAAAACAUGGGUCCGGUUGAUUGGUAUUCAAGAAGUUCAUUUUUCGUCAGAAUUA